AAGAUUGGAACAGCGAUUGUGUUCUUUUAUUUUGUUUUUCUUAAUUAAUGACUUAAAGUUGUAGAAGCUAUAUUUAUAUAAAGAUUCCAUUAUUUAUGACGAAUCUGACUUCUGUCAAUAUUAUACUGGUUUUUAAACCAAUAAUUUUCACAUUGUCAAAUUGAUCGCCAUGAAACCUGAGAACUUAAACAAUCUCUCGCAGAAACCUCGGGGAUCAUUCGAUGACUCAACCACUGAAAACAAUUCGCCUUCUAGCGAUUCGGAUAUUGAAGGUAUAAGUUGUGAAACAAGCGAUCAAAAAAAGAUCGUGCAAGGACUAAAAAAAAAUGUUAGAAGAAAUAAAACCAAAAUAAAUGAUCUCGUUGCCAAGUUGUCAAUCGCCGAAAUGCAUUUAGCAAGUGAGAAGGAAAAGUCUAAUUAUAAGGACGAUGUUAUCAAAUCCUUGCACUUGUCGAUCGAUUUAGUUAAUCAAACCAAAGAAUUAAGCAUACAGAAAAUGGAAAGUCAAAUCGCAGAUUUGCAAAAUGUUCUCGAUUUGAGCAAGAGUAACAUCCUAAUUAAAGAUAUGGAAACAUCCGGUCUACUGGAAUCGCUCGAUCACUAUAAGAAAGAAAUUGACGAUUCAAACGCCGAAAUUGUAAAAUUGAAAUGUGAAGUCCAAGAAAAGGACAAUAAAUGUGUCGAGUUAGAUGAAAAGAACCAUAAAUACAAAAACUUACUGAAAGAGAAAGAGGAUAUAAUCACAAAGCUGCAAUUAGAACUUGUGAAUUUGGAAUGUAAAUUUCAGGAGAAGGACGAUAAACUUGAAGAAAUGGAAAAGAAAUGGGCUGAGUUACCUGUAGAUGAUGAAAACACAAGUGAAUCUAUUUUACUACUUAACUGCACUGAAAUCCCUUCAAUUAAAUAUGUAACUCCUCCUGGUUCCAAACCCUUUGCAGCAAUCUUUGAAGAUAUCCCUUCUGCUGGUCCAGGUUGGAUGGUCAUACAACGUAGAUUUGACGGAAGUGUCAACAUUAACACAAACAGUAGUUUUUAUUACGGCCAUGGAGAUUUAUCUGGCGAAUUCUGGAUUGGGUGUGAAAAAUUGCAUUAUUUGACAGCAAGUCGUAGACAUGAGUUGUAUAUUGAACUUGUCGAUUUUGACAAUGUUACUGCCUUCGCUAGAUAUGAUGACUUUGUUGUUGGAGGCGAAUAUGCGGAAUUUAGGUUGACGUCCUUAGGUAAAUACACAGGAAAUGCUGGCGAUGCCUUGCGGAGUCAUAUUUAUGAAGGUUCCUAUUGCUAUGAUCCUAAAAAAUUCCAUUCUGGAUGGUGGGGUACAAAUGAUUGUAAUUUAAACGGAAAAUACCACGGAUCUAAAAUUGAAUUGGACACCAGCAAUGGCAUUUGGUGGGGUAGUUGGAAUAUGGGGAAAAGAUAUUCUCUUAAAUCGUGUAAAAUGCUUAUCAGGCCAAAACCAAUAAUAAAAUACAGACCAGGUUGUCUUCAAUCAUAAAACUUUAUUUUCUCACAGAUGACAGCUUCGCACUUGUUAAGGCGAAAGAGCUGUGUUUAGAUGUCAUUAUAUGUAAACAUUAACAUAGUGGAACUAUUUGUAAUCACCACUACGACACAGUAACUAAUUUACUAAUCAACACACAUUAAGAUUUUUUAUUGUUUUAUGUUGGUUAGUAUUUAAACUCUUUUAAGAAAAGCUGUACAGUUAUUAAUAUAGUUGUAAGCAUAUAUAAUAUUAAUUUUAAAUUUUCACAAAAAAGGUGAAAAAACAAACCAAAUAUAAGUACCUUUAACGUAUUCGUUAAACAAAAAAUUAUAUUUUCGGUAAAUUUUAAAAAUUUGAUCUAAAAAUUAACUUUGUUGACUGCAAAAUGACAGCAGUUUUUCCACGUCCACAAAUCUCAAAACUCAUUAGAGACCUGGUUUAUUUCAAAAUCAGCACACCAAAAAUUUUCCAAGUCGCACUAAUCCUUUACAAGUUAUAGGACAUAUUAAGUGUUAAAUAAGACGUC